AUGGCGUCUAAAUUGAAGAGAAUGCUGAGCGUCAAGGAACGUAGUGUCUGCCGCAAAUCAAGUGCCCCUAGCUUUUCUCGGCCGGGCUCGCCCAAGCUCCGCUGCGUUGCCGAUCCUGACUACAAGAUCAGCUCUGCCCGCCGCACCAUGUCACAACCCCUCGUCAUGCAGGCCAGCCUCGCCGGCCCUGCAAAACUUGAGGCCGUCACUAGUCUCAUGAGUAAAUUAGGUGAAGACCUGAAGAAGCCCACCUUGCUCCCUCACCAACGUGACGCUGCUCUCGAGGAACUGAAGAUCUAUGGGCGGGACCCCACCAACGCUGAUCCUAUCUUCACACAAGAGGGUAUCGAGAUUCUCACAAAGCAUGCCUUUAACAGCCCGUCGAAUUCCACAGCCAGGGCAGCACUGAGGGUUCUAGCCAACACCAUGCUAUUGAAUCCCAAAGCUCGCCAAACAUUUGUCGAUCUCGGCUACGAGGACCACGCUUGCAAGAGACUGAGGAAUGACAGCUUCGACGAUGAGUUUCUUGUCUCGAGAGUUCUGUUCCUCACCACAUACGGAACCAAAAUCGAUCUGCUGUCCCUGAUUCAGAAACACCGCUUGGCCGAGACUGUGGUUGAGAAUCUUUCCAAGCACGCCAAGCGCUUGGGGAGCCAUCAGACCCAUGUGUCAGCCGAUCCGAUGGAGGACAUGGCUCUCAACGAGACUCUGAAGCUGCUUUUCAACGUGUCGCAUUUCUGCCCCUCGGAAGUGGACGCAUUUACAGGCGGCAUCCCGCACAUCAUUGCGCUGCUCUGGAAGCAUGACAUUCCCUCUAACAAGCCGCUGGACCCGCCGUUCAACGCUCUUGUCAACGCCUUGCUGGAUCUCAAGCUGGAGGACAAGGAUGUCCAGGGGUCUCUUUACCCCAAGAGUGAGCCCACGAAGGUGGCAGAUCGCUUGAUCGAGAUUCUGGACCCGGCACUAAAGGCAUAUCCCGACAAUGAGCUAGAGCAGCUGGUUACGCCGCUAAUUGGUGUCUUACGGCGCGUGCACGACGGCGCCCCUAGCGAUGUCAAGAAGUCCAUCAGAGAGACUCUUCUGCCCACCGAGCAAGAUAGAAAGGAGGUGCUUGGCCGCGGUACUUCACUGACAUCGCGGUUGUUACGCAACUCAACGAAUCCACUGACACCUCAUUUUCGCGAGGCCAUCUCAUAUCUCCUCUUCGACUUGUCAGACCAGGAUGCUUCGAAGUUUGUUGAGAAUGUCGGUUACGGCUUCGCCUCGGGUUUCCUAUUCCAGAAAAACAUCCCGAUCCCUGCCAGUGCUGCAGAAGCGUUCAGCACAGGCGAGGAACAACGGCCUGUCAACCCCAUCACAGGACAAUUCAUUGACUCAGAGAAAAACGUGAAUGUUCCGGAAAUGACAGAAGAAGAAAAAGAGAGGGAGGCAGAGAGACUAUUCGUCCUGUUUGAGAGGCUUAAGAAGACAGGCAUCGUUGAUAUCCAAAACCCUGUGGAGCAGGCGGCAAGGUCAGGACAACUUCAUGACUUUGGAGAUAAACGUGUGGAGGAGCUUGAUGAUUAA